AUGGUAUCUCCAUCUGGUAAAUGGUAUUUCACCGGCCCACGACCAAUCGACCAUCCUGAUGACAAUCCCGUGCGCGGUAUCAUCGGCGGUUUCAAUGAGCGCGAGUACAGCUACAGGGACUUCCGGCAACAUGCAGGCCCAGAAACCUUCGAUGCUUUCCUCAGCGCCUUCGCAAAAGCUGUCGCUCAGAUGCCUGUCCUAGAGUUCUUUAUGCUUACUUCUGAGCUCGGCAGAGAGCGGAGUGGGGAGAUGGAGAAGCGGAGGAUGAAGAGCACCGAAGGAUCUACUACGCCUGUGAGGUUGGGAAAGUAUGGAUACCGGAACCGGAGACUGCGGCAGCUUUAA